UCACACACACUAUCCGCUAACGACGUGUUACAGUAUCAAUUGUUUAUUUAUUUCUUAUUUAAAAAAAUAUUUACUACUUCCACUAAUGUUACACAGUAAAUAACAACGUAGUUCAUUUAGUAAUAAAAACUGUUUUGUAAAUAGGUUUAAUUUUUUAAUUAGUUUUGCAGUGUAUUUUAAUAGUGUACAGUCAAGUAUGAAGUGUGUGUUGUGUUUUGUGGUUAUUAUUUUCGUUACUACAAAGGGAUGUAACGCAAAAUUAUUAACAGGUAAGAUUAACUUAAGUAACAUUAAGCAUCUUCUUCAUUCUAAAAUUCAUCCUCUGGCCAACGGCGUAAUAUUUAUAUAAAUUGGUCCAAAGUUUUUGCUUCAAAAAUGAAGAAGACGCAUAUAACAAAAGUCACUGACACUCAGUUUGGUAAGAAAUGACAUCCAAAUGAACUGUAAUUAAAAAUGAGAAAAACGCAUUACAUUUAAAUGUCCUUACAGGGCCUCGAAAGGUUUAAAUAAAAUAUAUAAAAAUAUCUUGAUAAAAAAAUAUACAAAAUUACCUUGUAAUUUAAUUUUACAUUUGUUUCAUUAAUUUGGGUGAUUAUACUCUAGGAAAAAUUAAUAAAUAUAUAUAGGUAAAUGCAGACAAUGAUUAAUUUGAUUUAAUUACAAUUAAUUAAAAAUAUCACAUCAACCAUGCGUUAGCUCGGUCUCCAUAUCUAGAUCAUGUAAAAAUCACGUACUAUAUAUUUCCGGGUAACAGACAUGCAAUAAACAAUUAGUAAUAAACAGUUAGUAGUUAUUAAUAAACUAUGACCUCAGUUAUUUCUUAUUUGUAUGAAAACUUGUAUGAAAUCUUUCAUAGACAAUGGGAAAGUUGCGAGUAAUUCCCAUAACGAGUGUCUUUGAUUACUCAUUGGGAAGUAUCGGCGUAUUAAUUUGUAACCGAAUGAUUUCAGCAAUAAACAAUUUUUUUUUUUGAUUUGAUUUAAGGUAUUGGUUCCGGUUAGCCUGAAUCUAUUAUGUCCCGAACUAAGAGCCAAAUUGGUGAUCCUCACGAAUCUUCAAAAGACCCGCUGAAUUUCAACCGUACCCUCAUUCACCGUGGUUAUUGCGUCAGCUCCCGUUGCCCGCUUGUUCCUGGGCAGAAAUUCAAUGAUACCAGACGCUUCGAAGAGUGCAUCGCUCAUUGGGCGCGCAUGCUCGACUAUAAGUCCACAUCGGUUACUAUAGAAUUCUGCAAGUCUGCAAAACAGGCUAACAUCACCAACAAUUUGGACACUUCAAAAACUUUGUUUUUGGUAGUGAUCCUGUUUAUACUAUUUUGUAAUGUUGUUGGAACAAUUUACGAUGUGCAGACGUCUAAUGUGAAAAAGAAUCCGUUUGUAGUAUGUUGGUCAUGGAAAGAUAACUGGCGAAGACUGACAGCCCCUUCUGACGACGCAGAUCCCAAACGAGCCUCACUGCUCCCCACACAUGGAUUCAGGGUAAUAAUCUUAUUGCUGGUGAUGUGUAUACAUUGCGGUCUUAUACAUUUCAAGCUCUACUCGCAGAAUCCGCAAUAUUUGGAAAAGAUGAUGCGGGAUCCUAUUAUAUUGUUGACGCGGAACGGCACUGCGGUGGUGUGUGUGUUCCUGAUGCUGAGCAACUUCUUACUGGCGCGCCGUAUGCUACAACAACAAGUGUCUGUCAAAAAUCCCUUCCUCAUGUGUUUACUGCACAGGAUCGCAAGGAUAUCUCCUUUAUACUUAUUGAAUGUGUGGUGGGCGGCUACCUGGUUGAAAGAGUUAGGCGAUGGGCCUCUGUGGAUAUCUAACAUACAUGCGGAAGCUGACAUUUGUUGGAACAAACUGUGGACACACGCGCUAUUUAUCAACAAUCUGGUGGACACGCAUAAUCAUUGUCUAGUGCAGACUUGGUUCCUUGCGGUGGACAUGCAGCUGUACGUAGUGUCGUGUGCUUUAAUACUGACUCUCACUACUGUUAGAAUGAAAAAUUUGAUUAUACUCGGCAUGAUUUUUCUCGCCUCCUGCUUAUUGAACGGUACACUGUCCUAUGUAUUCGGAUGGAAGAGUAUGCUAUUUAUCACGAACACUGAAAACCUACGAACGGUGUUCAAAGGCGUGCCGUCGUUUAUCAACUUGUACAUCACUCCGUGGGGAAGUCUACCGACGAGCAUAAUGGGCGUAUCACUCGCAUAUCUCGACAUCCACCUGCAAGAGACUGGCUUUAAGUUCACAGAACAUAAGGUGUUGUCGUGGUUGCACCGGUUCAGUAUCCCGCUGGUGAUAAUGACGGUGUGGGUGGGAGCGCAGGCGGUGGACGCGGAGGGCGGCGGGGUUCUGCAAGCGGGCUACGCAGCCCUGGACCGAACCGUGAUAUGCGCGUUCGCCGCAAUCUUGCUGCUCGGAAUGUGUAACGAGACAGAUGAUGUCAUGGCACGGCUGGGUGGUGUUGUCGCGCCUGUCCCUGCCUGCGCUACUGUUGCACUGGAGCGUCACCAUCACAGGCCUCGCACGGCUCAACGCUCCGACCGCUAGUUACUAUACCAUUGUGCGUAAACUUAUCACAAUUCACCAGUACUCAGUGGCGUAUUUACCCUAAGGCUACAGAAGACCCAACACUGGUUGUAUAAUCACUGUUUAUCCAAGACAUACUGUUAAAAAUAAAUUUUGGACAAAAUUAAGAAAUUACCCCUUUAAUAAUGCCAUAUAAUUUUCUUUAGACGAGGCUUAUGAUUUGGCAGCCAAAACGUUUAUAAUUUAAUAAUAAAUAAAAACCUCCUUAUUAAAUGCAUGUAGGUAUACUUAGCUAAGAAUAAGAAUAAAUCAAUUUAUUUAUUUUUUACCUAUUUCAUGAAAUGACGACUGUUAUUGCCCAUGGGAAGACAAGACAUGUGUCUUUUACACUGACAAUACCAACAGAUGUAAGCAUUAAGAAAAUAUAUUCAGCACGACAUAGACACGAAUAAAUUCUUGAAUAUAUUGCAAUAAACGUUGUUAAAAAAGUUAAUUAAUGUGAAAUCUUUUAUUUUAACAUAUAAUUUGCUACAUAUUUUAUUAUUGUUUCUUCCAGUUCUGGGGGGCAGCAGCGACAGUGAGUAUGACGUACCUCUUGUCAGUCCCUCUCUCUCUUUGCGUGGAGAUGCCGGUGCAGCGCAUGGUCACCGAGCUGCUCAUGCGAUGCGCUACAGUCACCACCGCCAACGCCGGCGGUGA